AUGGCGUCUCUGGUUUCACCCACAUUCACACCGCCCAACUCCUCCAAACUCUCAUCAAUUUCACAAAAAAACAACCUUUUACACUCGUUCCUCCCCAAAAAGCCCACCACCCCAAACCACCCACCACCACCGUCCACCCACAAAUUCAAAUGCGCAGCAAUCGGCAACGGCCUCUUCACCCAGACAACCCCCGAGGUCCGCCGUGUCGUGCCGGACAAACUCCGAGGCCUCCCCACCGUGAAAAUCGUCUACGUCGUAUUGGAAGCCCAGUACCAGUCGUCCCUGACCGCCGCCGUUCAAACCCUCAACCAAGACUCCGACUUUGCCUCGUUCGAGGUCGUGGGCUACUUGGUAGAAGAGCUUAGAGAUGAAAACACAUACAAAACCUUCUGCAAAGACAUCGAAAACGCGAAUAUUUUUAUUGGGUCGUUGAUUUUUGUCGAGGAGUUGGCUCUGAAGGUUAAGUCCGCCGUCGAAAAAGAAAGGGACAGGCUUGAUGCGGUCUUGGUGUUCCCCUCAAUGCCUGAGGUCAUGAGACUCAACAAGCUGGGCUCGUUCAGCAUGUCUCAGCUGGGCCAGUCGAAAAGCCCAUUUUUCCAGCUGUUCAAGAAGAAGAACAAAUCCUCCGCGGGCUUUGCCGAUAGCAUGCUGAAGCUCGUUAGAACAUUACCGAAGGUUCUCAAGUACUUGCCGAGCGACAAGGCUCAGGACGCGAGAAUGUAUAUCCUCAGCCUCCAGUUUUGGCUCGGGGGCUCGCCUGAUAACCUCUCGAAUUUCGUUAAAAUGAUUUCGGGCUCGUACGUGCCUGCUCUGAAGUGGACUAAAGUCGAGUACUCAGACCCGGUUCUGUACUUGGAUAGUGGGAUAUGGCACCCGCUUGCUCCUUGCAUGUACGAUGAUGUGAAGGAGUAUUUAAAUUGGUACUCGUCACGUAGGGAUACGAAUGCGCAGCUCAAGAGCCCGAAUGCACCGAUUAUCGGGCUUGUUCUGCAGAGGAGUCAUAUAGUUACAGGGGAUGAGAGCCACUACGUGGCCGUGAUAAUGGAGCUCGAGGCAAAAGGUGCGAAGGUGAUACCGAUCUUCGCAGGCGGGCUGGACUUCUCGGGCCCAGUCGAGAGGUACUUCGUGGACCCGAUCACUAAGAAGCCCAUGGUGAAUUCUGUGGUGUCAUUGACGGGCUUUGCUCUUGUUGGGGGCCCGGCCAGGCAGGACCAUCCGAGGGCGGUUGAGGCCUUGAUGAAGCUGGACGUGCCAUAUAUUGUGGCCUUGCCGUUGGUUUUCCAGACGACUGAGGAGUGGCUUAACAGCACUUUGGGGCUUCAUCCGAUUCAGGUGGCUUUGCAAGUUGCUUUGCCCGAGCUGGAUGGUGGUAUGGAGCCCAUUGUUUUCGCGGGCCGAGAUCCAAGAACUGGAAAAUCUCAUGCUCUUCACAAAAGGGUGGAGCAGCUUUGCACCAGAGCUAUCAAAUGGGCUGAGCUGAGGAGGAAGUCGAAGACCGAAAAGAAGCUAGCAAUCACUGUAUUCAGCUUCCCUCCUGACAAGGGCAAUGUGGGAACCGCUGCGUAUCUCAACGUCUUUGCCUCCAUCUUUUCCGUCCUCUCUGACCUCAAAUCCGACGGCUACAAUGUCGAAGGCCUUCCCGACACUGCCGAGGCCCUGAUCGAGGAUGUCAUCCACGACAAGGAGGCCCAAUUCAACAGCCCAAAUCUCAACAUUGCCUACAAAAUGCCCGUUCGUGAGUACCAGAACCUGACCUCAUAUGCCCCUGCCCUCGAGGAAAACUGGGGCAAACCCCCGGGCAACCUUAAUUCAGACGGCGAAAACCUUUUGGUCUACGGAAAACAAUACGGUAACGUCUUCAUAGGCGUCCAGCCGACUUUCGGUUACGAAGGCGAUCCCAUGCGUCUCCUUUUCUCCAAAUCAGCCAGUCCUCACCAUGGCUUCGCGGCUUACUACUCGUUCGUCGAGAAAAUCUUCCGGGCCGAUGCUGUUCUUCAUUUUGGGACUCACGGCUCGCUCGAGUUCAUGCCGGGAAAGCAGGUUGGUAUGAGCGAUGCGUGUUUUCCCGAUAGCCUCAUUGGGAACAUACCGAACGUGUACUAUUACGCCGCAAACAACCCGUCCGAGGCCACAGUCGCCAAGCGGCGAAGCUACGCGAACACGAUCAGCUAUUUAACUCCUCCAGCAGAGAACGCUGGACUGUACAAGGGGCUCAAGCAGCUGAGUGAGCUCAUCUCGUCUUACCAGUCGCUCAAGGAUACGGGCCGGGCCCCGCAGAUUGUGAGCUCGAUCGUCGGCACGGCCCGCCAGUGCAACCUCGACAAGGAUGUCGAUCUGCCGGAAGAGGGCACGGAGAUCCCGGCCAAGGAGCGGGACAAUGUGGUCGGUAAGGUUUACGCGAAAAUCAUGGAGAUUGAAUCGAGACUGCUCCCGUGCGGGCUCCAUGUGAUUGGCGAGCCACCAACUGCACUCGAGGCGGUUGCGACUCUGGUCAACAUCGCUGCCCUUGACCGCCCGGAGGACGGUAUCUCAUCCCUGCCGUCGAUUUUGGCCCAGACGGUCGGUCGGGAAAUCGAGGAUGUCUACAGGGGUAAUGAUAAAGGGUUCUUGCGGGAUGUCGAGCUUCUCCGCCAGAUAACCGAGGCCUCGCGCGGAGCAAUCAUGGCCUUUGUCGAGCAAAGUACAAAUAGCAAAGGCCAGGUCGUGGAUGUUAAGGAUAAGUUGACUUCGAUCCUCGGUUUCGGAAUAAACGAGCCGUGGAUCAAGUAUCUAUCGGACACGAAGUUUUACCGGGCGGAUAGAGAGAAAUUACGUGUCUUGUUUCAGUUCUUGGGCGAGUGCUUGAAGCUGGUCGUGGCUGAUAACGAGCUGGGGAGCUUGAAGCAGGCGUUGGAAGGGAAAUACGUGGAGCCGGGGCCCGGCGGGGACCCUAUCAGGAACCCGAAGGUAUUGCCGACCGGGAAAAACAUUCACGCGCUGGACCCUCAGGCUAUUCCGACCACAGCAGCUAUGCAGAGCGCGAAGGUGGUGGUAGACAGGUUGAUCGAGCGGCAGAAGGUUGAUAAUGGCGGGAAAUAUCCGGAGACUGUGGCCCUCGUGCUGUGGGGGACGGAUAAUAUCAAGACGUAUGGGGAGUCGUUAGCUCAGGUGCUGUGGAUGAUUGGAGUGAGGCCUGUUGCAGACACGUUCGGGAGGGUGAACAAGGUGGAGCCCGUGAGUCUUGAAGAGCUCGGGAGGCCGAGGAUUGAUGUGGUUGUUAAUUGUUCUGGUGUGUUCAGGGACUUGUUCAUUAAUCAGAUGAACCUUCUUGAUCGGGCGGUGAAGAUGGUGGCCGAGCUGGACGAACCGGAAGACCAGAAUUACGUGCGUAAGCAUGCCAUGGAGCAGGCGAAGGCCCUAGGAGUCGAGGUCCGAGAGGCCGCCUCACGCAUCUUCUCGAACGCAUCAGGCUCUUACUCGUCUAACAUCAAUCUCGCAGUUGAGAACUCGUCGUGGAACGACGAGAAGCAGCUUCAGGACAUGUACCUUAGCCGAAAGUCAUUCGCGUUUGACUGUGAUGCUCCCGGGGCCGGAAUGGCCGAGAAGAGAAAGAUUUUCGAGAUGGCCCUCAGCACUGCCGAUGCCACUUUCCAGAAUCUCGACUCGUCUGAGAUUUCACUCACUGACGUUAGCCACUACUUUGAUUCUGACCCCACGAACCUCGUCCAGAAUCUGAGGAAAGACGGGAAAAAGCCUAGCGCAUACAUUGCUGACACCACCACUGCUAAUGCACAGGUCCGCACGCUGUCCGAGACAGUACGUUUAGAUGCACGAACCAAGUUGCUGAACCCGAAGUGGUACGAAGGCAUGCUGUCGAGCGGGUAUGAAGGCGUGCGGGAGAUCGAGAAGCGGCUCACGAAUACGGUUGGGUGGAGUGCGACCUCAGGACAGGUGGACAACUGGGUUUACGAAGAGGCCAACACGACUUUUAUCGAGGAUGAGCAAAUGCUAAAACGGCUCAUGAGCACUAAUCCGAAUUCCUUCCGGAAGCUGGUCCAGACGUUCUUGGAGGCCAACGGGCGAGGGUACUGGGAGACCUCGGCUGAGAAUAUCGAGAGGUUGAGGCAGCUGUACUCAGAGGUCGAGGACAAGAUUGAAGGGAUCGACCGUUAG